AUGGUUGAAUUUUCCUAGUUUGCUAAAUUGAAAAAAGACUAUGGGGAUGAACGUCAUCCGGAUUAGCCGUUGGAAUAUUUAACUAUCUCAUCAAGGUAUUAUAUAAAUUUUUUUUAGAAUCUAAUAAAUAUCUCCAAGAUAGAGCCAACUCCCUCAAAAAUUUUUUUUUAAUUGA